AUGGAAAUCUUUCAAUUUCCUCUCUGCAGCGGCCGACGGCAAGAGGUGGUGGGCGAGAGCCGGAGGCGGAGGGCAGAGGCGGCGUUGGAGCCUGCGGAGGCGCGAGGCGGCGGAGGCGUUGGAAGCGAAGCAAGAGGAUGGUGGAGGCGGCGCAGGAAGAUGGUGGCGAAGGCGCGAGGCGCCGGAGGUGCCAGGCGGUGGAAGAAGGCGGAGGGCAGCGGCUGUUGCGGCAGAGGCGGCAUUGGAGCCCGCAGAGGCGCGAGGCGGCAUAGGCGUUGGAGACGGAGCAGGAGGAAGGUGGAGGCGUUGCAGGAGGAUGGUGGCGGAGGCGUGAGGAUGCUAAGGCUAUUUGCCGUUGAUCAAGAGGUUGGCUUGACUUACGCUCAGAAAUUAGCAUCCACCACGAGAGGUCGAGGGCAUGUGGAAGGGAAGAAUGAAGACAUGAAUGAGGCUCGAGUAGCAUAUAAGGAUUACAUUUCUGCAUGCAAGAAAACCCUCCUACUACACAAGAAGAAGAUUGAUUCUCUCAAUCCUAUUGUUGAGGCUGCUUGGAGGGCUUAUUGGGCAUUGCCUGAAACUCAGGCAAAGUCUGCACAGGCGUCUAAGAAUCGCCGUUCUGAGCCUUGCGGUGUUGGUACAGGGAUGGCUAUUCAUCAUGGCGGGUCGCGUAGCGCUCUGGAUCAUGCUGAGCAUCUGGCUCGGGAGAGCAAUAUCCCUUUUGACGCGGCGUCUUGGGCUACCUUUCGACGUAUCCAUUUUAAGAAUGGACAGUAUACCGCCGGACGACCUGCGCAGCACGGGUUGGAGGUCGAGAGGCGAGUGGCAGAGCUGCGUGAGAUACAGGGAGAGGUCACACCCGCCGACGUGGAUCGCAUCUUCCGAGAGGUAGUCACUCCUGAUCCGAAGGGGCGCAUCAUGGGAUUAGGUAUGAUGAUGUCGAAGGCGCUUACUUCAGGCGACGGCGAGUCGAGCACCUCCACCAGCACCUCACACUUCGAUGCUCCUUCAAAGGCUGAGUUUACCACUUUGAGGGAGGAUCUUGACACCACAGCGAGUGCUCUGACCAGAGCAGUGCAGGAGAUAGAGGCCAGGAGACAUAGAGAGGAGGAGCAGGCUAGGACUAUACAGGAGAUGCAGUCCCAGAUCGCGUUGCUCAUGCGAGGAUUUCGACCAUCCACCCCUUCUGAUGAGACUCACCCAGACCUUUGAUUAUGCUGACUAUGUUUUGAUGUACUUUUUUUAUGCUUUGAAUACUGAAUUUCUGUUUUUGUUGAUAUUUUCUAGGAUUUUCUACUUUGUUAUGGGAUGAUUAUUUGUUUUUAGUAUUUUCAUGAUUUGGGACUACGAUUAUUAUGAAUCAUUUAUAUAUUGCUAU